CUCUUCUCCCCCACCGCGUCCCCCGACAGCGACACCCCAUUGCUCCCGCGGUCUCCUCCGUCUCAGCCUUGGUCUCCAUCCUGGUCACCCCGACCCCAGGAUUUGCCUGCACGCCGCCCCCAACUCUGCACCCGCCCCCCUGAGAGCCACCGAGGACCAUGACUAAGACAGAUCCUGCCCCAAUGGCCCCUCCGCCCCGAAGGGAGGAGGAAGAAGAAGAGGAAGAGGACGAGCCUGUCCCCGAAGUCCCUAGUCCCACCCAGGAGCGCCGCCAGAAGCCUGUUGUGCAUCCCUCAGCACCUGCCCCCCUCCCCAAGGACUACGCCUUCACCUUCUUCGAUCCCAAUGACCCUGCGUGCCAGGAGAUUCUGUUUGACCCGCAGACCACCAUCCCGGAGCUGUUUGCCAUCGUUCGUCAGUGGGUGCCCCAAGUCCAACACAAGAUAGACGUCAUUGGCAAUGAGAUCCUGCGUCGAGGUUGCCAUGUGAACGAUCGCGAUGGUCUGACCGACAUGACUCUGCUCCAUUAUGCGUGCAAGGCUGGGGCCCACGGAGUUGGGGACCCCGCGGCGGCCGUGCGCCUCUCGCAGCAGCUGCUGGCUCUGGGCGCCGAUGUGACCCUGCGCAGCCGCUGGACCAACAUGAACGCGCUGCAUUAUGCGGCCUAUUUCGACGUGCCGGACCUUGUGCGUGUGCUGCUGAAGGGUGCGAGGCCCCGAGUGGUGAACUCCACGUGCAGUGACUUCAACCACGGCUCAGCCCUGCACAUUGCUGCCUCCAACCUGUGCCUGGGCGCUGCCAAAUGUUUGCUGGAGCAUGGCGCCAACCCAGCGCUGAGGAAUCGAAAGGGACAGGUGCCUGCCGAAGUGGUCCCAGAUCCUAUGGACAUGUCCCUUGACAAGGCAGAGGCGGCACUGGUGGCCAAGGAGCUUCGAACACUGCUGGAGGAGGCUGUGCCACUGUCUUGCGCCCUCCCCAAGGUCACGCUACCCAACUAUGACAACGUCCCUGGCAAUCUCAUGCUCAGUGCACUGGGCCUGCGCCUGGGAGACCGAGUGCUGCUGGAUGGCCAGAAGACUGGCACCCUGCGGUUCUGCGGGACCACGGAGUUCGCCAGCGGCCAGUGGGUGGGCGUGGAGCUAGACGAACCUGAGGGCAAGAACGAUGGCAGUGUUGGGGGCGUCCGGUACUUCAUCUGUCCUCCCAAGCAGGGUCUCUUUGCCUCUGUGUCCAAGAUCUCCAAGGCAGUGGAUGCACCCCCUUCGUCUGUCACCUCCACACCCCGGACUCCCCGGAUGGACUUCUCCCGUGUCACUGGCAAAGGCCGAAGGGAGCACAAAGGCAAGAAGAAGUCCCCAUCAUCCCCAUCUCUGGGCAGCCUGCAGCAGAGGGAGGGGGCCAAGGCUGAAGUUGGAGACCAAGUCCUCGUGGCAGGCCAGAAGCAGGGGAUUGUGCGCUUCUAUGGGAAGACAGACUUUGCUCCAGGUUACUGGUAUGGCAUUGAGCUGGACCAGCCCACUGGCAAGCACGAUGGCUCUGUGUUCGGUGUCCGGUACUUCACCUGCCCCCCUCGGCAUGGGGUCUUUGCACCAGCAUCCCGCAUCCAGAGGAUUGGUGGAUCCACUGAUCCCCCUGGGGACAGUACCGGAGCCAAAAAAGUGCAUCAAGUGACAAUGACGCAGCCCAAACGCACCUUCACGACAGUCCGGACCCCAAAGGACAUCGCAUCAGAGAACUCUAUUUCCAGGUUGCUCUUCUGCUGCUGGUUUCCCUGGAUGCUGAGGGCGGAGAUGCAGUCUUAGAGGCCCUGGAUCCCCACAGAGCCCCCUCUAGUGUCUCCUGACACAAGGAGCGCCUAGUCACCCCGAGAUAGAGACUCCCAGUAACAUCCAGAAUAUAGACCCCAUUAGCCAGCCCUCUAUCACUGAGGUCCCAUUAUUAACAGGUCCCCUGUAAAACCCCCCAAAUGCAGACCCAUGUGUCACCCAGAAAGAGAUUCCCCGAGUAGCACCUUCAGGCUAGUCCCUGUCCCCACCCCCUCAGAGCAGACCCCCAGUUAACAGAUUGCCAUAUCAC